AUGGCUCGUGCAAGUGCUAAGAAGGAGGACAAAAAGCCAGAUCCGGAGCCAAUCAAAGAAUUAAACAAAUCAGUGAACAAAGCUGAUGAUGAAGAUGAUGAUGAGUACGAUGAGGAUGAGGACGAAGAUUACGAUCCAACCAAGAAGGCGCCAGAGGAGGAACAGGUGAGUGACGUUUCAGACAACGAGCCCGAGCCAGACUAUUCAGCAAUAAAUACCGGGGUAAGUCAAGUGAGGACUCGAACACAAAGGUAUGAGGAAGAACUUAAUGGUGGGCCAAGGAAACGGAAGCUUGAUACAAGUGGUCUACUAGUGGACGAACUGAGUGUUGAUGUAAACGCAGUCUUUGAGGCACUCAAAAGCGGCAAAGUCGAGGACGACUGGUCGGAUCUUGUAAAAAACGGUCCAAACGAGGAGAAACCCAAGCUGACCAUGGAAGAUAUACAUGAGACCCCCAUGAUCACCAUCGAGACUUCUUAUACUUUUGCAGGCAAAUUAGUCAAGGAGCUGAAACAGGUUAAAGCAGACCUGGCGGAAGCAAAGGCCUACUUGAACUCUACGAGCGGGAUUACGCUCACAGGGGAGAAUGACGGGCAGAAAAAGCUGUUUGUCACUGUGGUGAGGAAAGUACAGGGUACGGAGGAGCAAGUGCCGCUAAUGAUCAAGCUCAAAAGGCCAUCUCUCAUAGACAAGUUUCUUCAAGGAGACAAAAAAAGCAAACUUACAACGCUCGAAAAGUCACGUUUGGAUUGGGCCAGUUACGUGGACGAGAAGAAAAUCAAGGACGAGUUGGCCCUCCACAACAAGGCAGGCUAUUUGGACAAGCAGGAUUUCUUGGGAAGGAUGGACGCGAAACGAGACGUUCAAUAUCAGCGGGCAAAAGAGCUCGAGAGACAGCGUCAGUGGCAACUCCAGCAAAAGAACGGGUAA